GACAUAUUUCCCCUAUGAGCGUUUUUACCGCCAUGAUGGAUCCUAGAAAAUGGGAUCCCAAGAAGAAAAUUUGUCAAAGUCAGUCUUAAAAGACGACCUGACAGGACAUAAUGUUCAAAAUGCUUUAAAUCGAUUUCCCUAGAGUAAGUUUCAAAAUUUUCUUGAACCUGCACGCUUUGUGCAGUGUUUCAAAUUUUUAAAUUUGAGCGCCGCUUUGGGAACUUAAGAGCGCGUCAAGAUGAGUAAGUCGUUCAGAGCUCGGCAGCUCGAUUCCAACAAGCCUCUUCCAGUGUAUCGGGCGGAGGAACUACCUGAUUUGACGGAACUCAGCGCAAUAAAUCGUGCCGUACCUCAAAUGCCUACUGGAAUGGAGAAAGAAGAAGAAACUGUGAGUAAAAUAAGUUGUCAACUCGCAGUAUUAUGCUCAUUUCUUUUAGAGGAGAUGAUGUACAAGUAACAUUCAAAAAAUUAUUUUCACUUCCUAAUCGAAACAUCGGAUUAGGAAAACUGAUGAUGUUUUGAAUCGUUAUUUUUGAACGAUUUCUCGAGUUUACAAGCUUCGUGAAAUGUACUUAAAGUUUGUUCACGUGAUAUGUGUGCGUAAACCCGCCAUUUUUGAACGUGAUCGAGGACGAUCAUAUUAAUGUCUGCAAAAUGCGGAAGUAGCUUCCAAAUGGCGCGAUCGAAAAAUAUUUUCGAAUUAAGGUCUGAAGUUCCGUUUGCUUGUGUCUUAAAACCUUUUACCUUGGUGCGAUGGGAAGUUUUAUUGCGUUUUGGAAAUUUAUGCGUUGGCCUUUUUCUUGCCCUACAAGUACGUGUUGUAGAGACUGGCUUCUAAAACUUAAGUUUGAUGGAAUUGAAAAAAUAUUUGCUGCCAUGGGGACAUUUUUUUAAGGGAACAGUUGAUGAAACUAUUUGAAUUUAAUUUUUGAAAAUCCGGAUUUUAAAUGGAUUGUUUUGAAGAGUACUUCUAAAUCUACCUCUAAAUUGAUUGUGAUUAUUUUGUGUCAAAGAUCCAGUAAUUUAUCCCUUUAUCGUGAUAAUUUUUCUUUGAAUUUUAAAAUUUAUCUGUGUAGAAUCUCUCAGCAGUGAAUUAAAAUUUUUUGUUUAAAAAUUUAUCAGAAGUGAUAAUAGGACCUGAAUUAAUACAUGGUCUUGAAUAUUCAUGGAUUAAGUUUGACAUUACAUGCAUACACAUGUAUUUAAUUUUUUUAAUAUGCAGUAUUGGGACACUGUCUUAUGAAAAAAAAAACAGACUACAAUGCAAUGUUUGGCGGGAAAAAGUCAAACUAUGCUUAAAUUUUGAAAAUCUCCUUUUGAUAGUGUCAAGAGAAGCAAAUGGUAACAAGGAGAAUAUUUAAGAAUGGUUAUAUUGUGCUUAUUUAAGCCUUAAAAGUUUUCAAAUUCCUGUAAGAAGCUUUUGAGUCUUUUUCUUUAAGGAAACAUAUGUUAUGAAGUUUUAUCUUUAAUGAAACUCCAAACAGGAAAUUGUAUAAUACACCAGCCAUCAUUACUUGAUUGCAAAAGUGUUCGCAUUUUCUACCUUAUAUGCUCUUUGGAGCUGCAAUUUAGAGGUACUCCUCUUUAUUAGAAAAGGUCCACAUUAUGGAGGUUUCCUUUUUUAAGAAAGUAUAGUGUACAUUGAUUUUUUUGGACAAAGAAACAGGAAGUGAAGCAGCCAGAUUUGUUCUUUCUGUCUAGGAACACCAUCUUCAGAGAGCAAUCUCAGCACAGCAGGUUUAUGGUGAUACUCAGCAGCUGGUGAUACCAACUCCAGACACUGAGGAAAUCAAAGAUAAAGUUGUUGAAUUUCUUUACCAUGAUCCCUUCAAACAGCCAAAACAAUACAUCCAUGUCCAAGGUUUGUUUGCAUGAACUGUGCAAGGGAAUAAUUAUUGGUUGGAAUUAUUCAUGACUCUGUCAUUUGCUUAGAACUCGCUCCAAGUCAUGUCCUCACAAGGGUGUUCUCUUCCACCUUGAAAAAGAGGUUUGGGGUAAAAUUGGCUGUCCUGAUAUGAAUAUGAUGUUAAUUCUAAAUCUUGCACUAUCUACUUACUUGCAAAGGUCUCCAGUUAAACUGUGGUAUUAUUUUCAAGUUUUUUCUUUUACCUUUACUAACUGCCAACCCCACUGAGAAGUCCUCUGCCAAUGCAAAUUGACUUAUUAUUUUUCCAAAUAUUUACUAGUUUUGAGCAUUAGAGGCUAAGUUAUUUUAUAUAUUUAGUAUCAGAAAUUUGAUUGUUACCCUUUAACUUUUGAUGUACUGAGUGUGUCAUAUAGGUACAUGUGUGAUAUACUCAGUACGUCACACAGGCGGUAAAGGAGUUAGAUUGAUUACUAUGAAAACAUCACUUAGCGAUGAUCUCCUUGACAUUAUUUGCAAUUGAAGGACUCUUUCUCUUUCAAGCUUUCAAUUUUGAAGAGGAACUGCCUGAGUAUGAUAUGGAUUCUGAAGAUGAGGAGUGGUUGAAGAACUUCAAUAAAAAGAAGGUAACAUUAUGUAAUCACACUGAACUACUCAAGCAGGUUAUGCAUUGAAUGCAUGACGUUGAUGUGUUUGACACAUGAUAUCUUUCAUUCCCUAAAUUUUGUUCUUUUGAGGUCAAAAUCUAUUUAUGACAUUUGUGGACUUUUUGAUCCAGCCUUAGUAGUAACUAUACAUUUACAAGGUAACUUUUCCAUCUUUUGUCUCAUGCCUUUCUUGCUGGAGGGGGAGAUCUUUCUUUUCUCAUUUUAAUGAUUUUACUCCUUUGCUUUGUAAAUAUUUGCUUUUUGUUUAUCAACAAGUUCUUCAAUCCUUUGGGUAGUGGAGUUUGAUUACACAGAGCACAGUGAUGGAGUUCGUUUUUUCUUUGUUUGGAAAGGAAAAACUGAAUUUUUUUCUCUUGUCAUAGGAGCUGCUGACUCCAUUUAGAUUUGAACAAUUUCUUGACCAGCUGGAGAGAAAUUCAGGAAACCAGGUGAUUUAAAUGACAUUUUUGUAAUGCUGUGUUGUGUUCUGGAUAGUGACAUACAGUACUUGGAAAAUAACUAGCACAUAGGGUGUUUUGUGGCUAUUGACUCCUAACAGAGGCGAAGCCAUAUAUGGCAUCAAGGUAAAUGAGUGAUGGUCACAAUAGAAUUCUAAUCUUGACCCAAUUUUGAUCCAAUGUUUCCUGGUGUUACUUAUUGUUUGUUUUGGAGUACUACUGAAGACAAUAAAAAUCUCACUAUAAAUUCAGGAUGGCGUGUGAAAAAAAAGAAAUUUCUCCUUGCAGAAAUAACAAAAUAGGUUUGAUUCACACAUCAAGGAAACUUUGAAGAAAAAUUUUAUUUGUUGAAGAGAGAGAAUUUUACCAUUUCAAUUGGCGACUAAUGCCCCAAAUAGCAGUUAAAUUUGUAAAACCAGCAAAGUCUCAAAGACAAUACCUUGAGUUUAACAAGGUGACCUUAUUUGAUGGAAUGAUGGAACAGUGGAAUGGGGGAAUAUCCUUUAAUGCAGAAUGCCUUGUUGUAUGAAAAAAAAGUGUAACAAGAAUGGAAUUUUAAUGAAAGAAGAAAUUGAUUUACAAUUAAUAAGCAAAAUUAAAAGAAGCAUAGUUUAAUCAUUAUUGGAGCCUUAAGGACAGACUGACAGAGAAACAGGGACGUUCUUGAGCUAGCCCCUAUAAAUUACUGUUACUAUUACUAUAGCAGUCAUUGCUAUCAUUAUUGUUAAUUUGAUUAUUUGUUACCAUUAAAUUAUUGGUUGAGUGUCAAUUAGUCAUUACAUUCUUAAAUCAUCUUUUUUAGCAUAACAAGGUACUUGUUAAUCUGUGGGAUGUGGCAGGUUUUCUGGUUUGCUUGUGAGACAAACCUCCUACAACACUUCCUUCUACCAUCAUUAUACAACCUUUAGCUCUUUCCAAUGCUAUGAAAAUUGUUCUACAUGUAAAUCAGUAGCCACAUGCAGUCUUGAACUUCAUAUUUUGUGUUUUGUGUUUGUUCCUAGAGGUGUAGUAUACUGUUGAUUUUGAACAAGAAGAUGAAAAUUUUAAAAAUGUAACAUCAGAUCAAACUGAGUCAAAAAUAAUUUGGCAAAAUUGCAAAAUGGGAAGUUAAGGUGUGAGGAGAAGAAAGCUCACUAAUAAGCAAGUCUAAAUAGUUAACUCUCUUUUUGAUUAUUUUGUCCAUCCAAAGCUACAGAGAUGAUGCGAAAAGUUAUUAUGAAGAACAGUUUGUAUAAUUCUUCUUUUCUUUUCUCAGGUGGUGUCUUUGAAUGAAGCCAAGUCAUUGUUGAAAGAAGGGGGUGAUAUAAUAAAGCCACUCUAUGAGUACUGGAUGAAUAAACGGAAAAAGCUGGUAUGGGGCUGACAUUAUCUUUUUCAGUCCUCCAAGUUCAACUUUUUUUAAAGUAGUUGGGUGGCAACUUGAAUCAUAAAAUGGUUACCAAAAAAAAAAAAGAAAAAAAAGAAACCACAGAAAGUGAAAUAUAAAUGUCAAACUGAGUUUCAAGUGUAUUCUAAGAUUUAAGAAAGUGAGAGCUCAACAAAUAUUGAGGGAUUUGAGGCAAAAUAUUUUGUCAAAAGGUUAAAAUUUAGAGUUUCAGUUGAAAAGCAUGGAGAUUUUUAAUGGAAGGAACAGAUGCUGAGGCUAGAUUGUCAUUGCCUGACAGGUGAUGAUUGUGCAAAUGUUUCAUUGUAUCCUCAUGUUUGCAUACUGUUUUGUUUCAGAAGGAUCUGGUGAUAUCACUGACCCCACAGCUGAAAGGAGAAAAGAGGGAUGGCUCAUCUGCUAGUGAUCCAUAUGUUGCAUUUAGAAGAAGAACUGAAAAGAUGCAAACAAGAAAGGUAGAUAAUUGUUAGUUUAACUGAAAGUGUUUCAUUUAAAGAUACUUUGUGCUGUGUGGUAUUAUUUAAACCUUUGAUAUAACUUUUCCACCCUCUUUUUGCAGAAUCGCAAGAAUGAUGAAGCCUCGUAUGAAAAAAUGCUGAAGCUUCGCAGAGAUUUAAAUAGAGCUUGCACAAUAUUGGAUAUGGUGAAGAGGAGAGAGCAGUCAAAAAAGGAACAUCUGCAGCUUACUAUUCAAGUGUUUGAGAAAAGGUACAACAUCACUUUUUGUGGCAAACCAGGCCAAGCACACUUUCAAGAGGAAAUAAAAAGAUCUUAAUUUUAAAAUGGGAGAGGAUAUAGACUCUAAAGGUUUCUACUUACCAAGUGGCAGUCAUGGUAGCCCUAUUGGUUGUUCUGUAGGACUGUAGAUCAAGAGAUCCAGGUUUUAGCUCUGUUGGGGUCACUGUGUAGUGCUGUUGGGAAAGGUGUGAGUUUGAUGGUGCAUCUCUCCACCAAGAAUGUUCAUGGGUAUUUGCAAACUGUAAGGAAGAUGUGAUCUGACAAAAUGUUGGGGUAGUGCAUGAUUGAUUGUCGUCCCAUCCAUAGAGUAAUAUUACUCAAAGUUACUCUUUGCUAUGGAAACCAUAAUAAGAUUUGAUCAGAUGGGUUACUAAGUCCUAAGGCUGUCUUUAAGGCUGUGAGAAACAGAUAUGAAUUUGAUUAUGUAGACCCCCAACAGAUUCAAAUUCCAGAUAUUUUAUUCAUUAAUAGAAUCUAUGGGAUAUUCCAUACCCAAUCUGAUUAUAAGUCUGUGUUAAUCAAAUUUCUCAGCAACACUUGUAUUGGAAUUAGUUAUAAUAAACCUAGAGAGAAAUUGUUUUUAAUAACAGAAUAUCUGACUAUUCUUUUCAAUUGGCACUAAUGUUAAUUCCAUUUUAUAUAUUCUAGAUAUGCUGCUGGAGAUUUUGCAGGUCAGAUCCUUCAACAGUGUAUGGAUAUGAUCAGAUAUCAACCUCCAGCCACCAAUCUUACUGUGCCAACAUCAGCAGGUUAUGGUGAGAAUGUAACACCUGGCUCGGGUACAGGAGGGGAGAGGGAUCACGAAUUAUUGAGAAGAGGAGCACAGGUAAAAAGAUUUCUUCCAAAACUCAUCUACAUGUGUCAUCUAUAAAAACUAUGUUAAUAACCUAAUAUACAUGUGUCAUUCUUCUGUUUUUUCCUAGGAAAGGGUACGACCAGGCAAGAUUGAUUACUUCGGUGAAUUAGGGUAAGUAUGUCAGAUUUGAUAACUAACUAUAUGUAACUUUUGAGAGUAUAGAUAAAAAUCUUUUGUUGUUGUUGUUUUCAUUAUUUAAUUUCUAAUAUAGUUGAAAUGUGUCAAACUCCUCUGCAGUAUUAAGAGGCCUAAGCUCAGUCACCCUGCCAAGGCACCUCACAUUCAACCAUCUGGAGAUCAGAUAUUGUUCAGUGAUGAUGAGGAGCCAAUUCACGUCUCUCCGCCUCCAGUAAGGAAACGUACUAGACUGUCUAGUAUAGUUGAUUUUAGAAUCAGCUUGGAAGCAAUUAUUCAGUUCUUGAGCUAUACAGGAAGGGGUGAAGAAUAUCUGUCUUAGACAAAAUCAGGACAAGCUGUAGUUCAAAUCUGUAUGGUUGACGUCGAUUUUUCUUAGUCCCACAUGCGUGACAAGUGUAAUAUACCUUUAACUGUUUUGUGUUUGAUUAUUUUUGUGUGUUCAAUCUAGUUAUCGAGUUCUUAGGUGUUUUCUCUUUGGAACUGAGGUAUUUUCUUGCUAAUCAUCACUGGGUUACUUUUCUUCCAAUCAACCAGGUGGAUAUUCCAUCAGAACCUGAAGAUGAUGAAGAAGACCCUGAUGGUAGAUUCGCAUUUAAAAGAAAGCUUGGCGUCAGAUACAUCGCGGUUGGUUGAUUCGAGUAUUCCUAAUAAAUGCAAGAACAUUCUUUUUGCAUGAAUAAUUAAAUGUUUUAAUGGUACAGAACUACCCUAAUUGAUGUUUUUAAUCCAAAGAGUAAAGUUAUUUCCUUUGUUGUUCCUCAGCCUCGAUUCGAUAUGCCAGAGCCGCUGCCAUGGGUAGAUCCCUCCGAAGGUGGUUUGGGUGAUAGGAGAUUUCGUUUCAGUUGUACAUCAAUAUCAUCGCCGCAGAGAGUCAUUGGAUUUGCGCGGAGGAGAGUGGGUCGAGGUGGAAGGUGAGGCAGCUCUCUCACUCUCUGUGUGCUGAUGUUCUUAAUACUGUUGGUCCACAUGCGCAAAGUGAUGUGUAUAACACAUUGUAUGUGUAUCUUCUUUUUUGUGUAGGAUAUAUAUGGAUCGGGGCUACAGUCCUUUAUCGGAAGACUUAGACGAGUUAGACAUGCGUCUAAACGCUUUACCGUCAUCGUCCUUCUCGUUACCCAAUGGUUUAUUUCCAUAUGACCACCUAACAGGCUGGAAGAAGCCAUCGUUGUAAGUUUUUAGUCUCUUUUACAUUAACUUUUACAUUAACUUUUACCUAAGUUUCGUGCUUUUAAGUUAUACUGUCGGUGAUGUUGCAUGUAUGCUUUUUACAAGUGUUCUUAACUUUGCCACUGUAUUGCUCACGGGAAAUGAGUUAAGUUUUCUAUUUACAUUCCUAUAUGAAACCGAGAGAAAAACCUUGGCCCCGGAAAGUUUGACUUCGAAGGUGUUGAAGAAUUUCUUGAAUGAUUAAUACCAAAAAAGCUAUUAACCCUUUCGAGAGCAUAGCCUUAGGUGGUUGGAUAUUCAUAUCCCAACUAAUUGUCGUAAUAAAAAAUGAUUUCAGUAUUUGCUAGAACGUGCCUUUUGUCUUACUCGUAUAUGUUUCUUAUCUUCAGACUGCACUUCAGACCCAAAUCACCGCCUGCACAAGUAUCACUCUCGUCAUUUUCGUCUUCAUCGUCGUCGGAAUCUCCGCCUUCCAAUAAGCAAAGUGGAGAACCAAGACCUCGCCUUCACAGAAGCUUUUCUACGCAACAACGGUCGAAAUUUUCGCUCAAUCCCACCCCGACAAACGGGGUGGUAGGACCAAACUUUACGCAUUCAACUCUGAAUCGUAGCUCGCUACCAAAUGGACCUUUAUCAAAUCAAGGUGGCUACGCCACGGGGACGUUGCUUAGUAAAAACGCCGCAUACUCAACAGCGCCCAUGAAGACGGUUUAUGCUUUGAACUUUCCGGUCAAUUCUAGCCAUGUACUGUCGAACAAUUUGGUGCGGGGAAGCGCGCCAUUUUCACCCACCUCUCACAACUCUUCGCCGUCAACCGGUACUGUGUCGAGAGCGAACGCUGCUGAAAGCUCUGGCGUUGAACAAAUGUAAGCAAUUUUAAAGUUUCUGAUAUAUAAAACUAAUAAAUGAGGUCAUAUUAGGGUAUCUCACCGUGGCAGAUAAUUGGGCGUGGGCGUGGGCGUGGGCGCGGGGAGGAGGGGGGGGGGCUGGGAGGCUUAGUGCUAGUUACCUGUUAAACUGUCUUUUCAGAAGGCAAACGGAAAAGACUACCACGCAAGCUUCGGUGGCAAAAGUAACUCACAUUUUCACUAGCCUGUCAUUCCUGAACGAGAGCGUGGAACAGGCUAAGUCGGUCUUUGCAACAGUUUUAAUUAACACUGAGACUUUCUUCGCUCCUCUCAAGUCAUUUUAUUCAACAUAGAAGAAUGUACAUCCAUCUCAAGACAGUUUUUUUUGUUGCUGUUUUUCAGGGAAUUAGAUGCAAAUCGAGCAGAUGCCCUGCUGGAUGGAUUAGGAACCUCAGUCAACACAUUACCAAACGCAACGUAAUAUUCGUGGAAUAAUCUAAAUGGAACAACGCAGCGUACUUUAGUGUAGUUAUUAACCAGGUUUGAGGCCAAGUUAAAGGCCUAGAUUACUGGUCGUGUAGUGAGUGUUUCAAAAUACUCAUGUAAGGGCCGUAGAAGCGUUGGAACUCCGUGAAAUGUCUAGUACAUUGGAAUUUUCGAAGGAAAAGCGGAAGCGGAUAAAUGUGUUAAAGACCUGAUUAUUGUCAGGACAGCAAACCUAAUUCAGUCACUUGAUCAUUGCAGUCGUUUAUGUACUCAUGGUAUUUACUUUUGGGAAACAAACUCAGCAUAAAGUUGACCUACUUCACUGUUCGUUCUCUCUAACUUCAGCUAAGUUUCGCUCGGUGCAGCAAGUGACUCAUUUGGCAUAUUUGCCAUAACUACGCCAAGCAUUUGUUUUGUGUCACAACUGGGUCUCCUAAAUGAUGAAAUUGUUUUGCACAAGGUAACUCUAUUGGAAGUUGUUGCUGUGUUUUUGUGUGUGCAAAAAUGAGUUUGAGACUUUUUGCAUCUUGCUCAAAAUUUGUAUAUUAUUUGAAGUUCACUUUCAGAACGCUUUUUUCGUAUAGUUUUGUAUAUUAUCACGUUGUUUCGUAGUUUGCUUUUGAAAGAACUGCAUUUACUUUCCGAGCUGUAGUUAAGGAGAACGUUCAGUCACAUCCAAGGAAAAAAAACAGACAUUAAACUUCAAAGUUCGAAAACGUCGACAAACUCAGGGAGGUAUGAAUUUAGUGAAGAACAACCACAUCCUGCUCGUGUUGCACGUAGUGAUGCCUCGUUUCUUUAAAACCUCCUCAAUUUGAAACAUCGGCGGCUAAAAAAAUAUGAAACUUCAAGCGAAAAGUGGGCGAUAACUGUGUUACUAUGUACGGAACCGAUCAGUGUACAAAGUUAAUAAAACCCGAUCGAUGUUCCUGUAUUUUUUAAAACAUUAUUUAUUACAAAUUAUAGGAAGAUUAUUUGCGUAUCAUCAAUACACUUGACUGUGUUGACUAGGUUACGAGAAUUAACAUGUAUUGUGCGCGUUGAUGAGCUGUUUAGCGUAAUUGGAUCUUGACAGCUACCACUCUGUUCUGCGUACUCGGCAGACAAGCAGAGUUUGAAUUCAAUUGUUCUCCUUAGAUGAAACAAAGUCGUAUAUUUUAUAAAGCAAUCCGCCAUGUCCAAACCAACACACUCUUUGUACAAGUGCCCCU